AUAAGGUCAAUAUGUUGCUGGACUCUAGGCGUAGAGGGGGUCAGCUCCAAUAUCUGGUGGAUUGGGAGGGCUACGGGCCUGAGGAGAGAUCUUGGGUCAAUGCACCUGACAUUCUGGAUCCAUCACUCAUCGAGGAAUUCCACAGAGCCAGACCCGACCGACCAGCUCCACGACCACGGGGACGUCCUCGUCGAGCGCCAGGAGUCGCUCCUAGAGGGGGGGGUUCUGUAAUGCCAGGCCAGCAGAGGGAGCCCUCGCCCGAGUAUUGACUGUCACGCUCCCUCUGCUGCCUCGUUGGUGACUUCCUGUUUGGCAGCCAUAAAGCAUGGCUUGCCCAAACACUCUCUGCGAAGUAUUGCCAGUCUCACUGCCUUACCGAGCAUUCUAUUACCAU